AUGGCGCAAGCUAUCCGUAGGUUUAUUCCAUGGUACCUACUUGGCGUGAACGGUAUAUCUGCCGGGUGCAUUAUUGAGGAUAAAAGAAGAGCUCUCCAACACCAGUGGCGUAUUCCGGAGCGCGACCUUAUAGCACUGGGCGCUGCUGGGGGAUUUCCCGCAGGCUACCUCGCGAUGCGAUACGCACAUCACAAAACUCAGAAGAAAAGCUUUAGGGAGAAAUAUGAUAAGGCAGCUUUGUUUUCAGCAACAGGUUGGUCGUUGAUAUUCCUGGGCUUACGAAGACCGCGUCUGGGGUUGAAGCAAGCGCCCAAGGCUUCCUCCUCGCCGCUGACGUCGUCGAGACGACCCAUGACGCCUGGUCGCUGA